AUGAAUGUGAUUUGGAGAAAUUAUAUUUCCUGUCCAAGGAUAAGAAAAGUACCUCACAGAUACCAAAGUGGUUGUCACCCAGUGGCCCCUCUGGGAUCAAGGAUUUUAACUGAUCCAACAAAAGUUUUUGAACAUAACAUGUGGGAUCACAUGAAGUGGUCAAAAGAAGAAGAAGAAGCGGCCAGAAAAACAGUGGAGGAGAACUCAGCGGUGCGAGUCCUUUCUGAAGAGCAAGUUAAGUAUGAGAGUGAAGCCAGUAAAUAUUGGGACACAUUUUAUAAGAUUCAUAAGAAUAAGUUUUUCAAAGAUCGUAAUUGGCUAUUGAGGGAAUUCCCUGAAAUUCUUCCAGUUGGUCAGAAAACUGAAGAGAAGGUGAAAGAAUUAUCAUGGAAUCAUGUGAAAAUUAAUACUGAAAGUUUUUUCUCAAAAAUGCACUGCCCUACUAUGCCUGAAGAAAAAAAUCAUUAUAAAGAAAGUUCUGGCUCAUCAGAUGGUCAAAGCAAAGCAGGAUCUGACUUUUCUAAACUGGACUCUGAAGAAUACAGAGAAAGACGUCUGAAGACUGAAUUGUUUCCUGGUAGCAAUGCUGCUUUCAGAAUCCUCGAGGUUGGCUGCGGUGCUGGAAAUAGUGUUUUUCCAAUUCUGAACACUUUGCAGAAUGUGCCAGAGUUCUUUCUUUAUUGUUGUGAUUUUGCUUCUGGAGCUGUGGAGCUAGUAAAGUCUCAUGCAUCGUACAGAGCAUCCCAGUGCUGUGCCUUUGUUCAUGACGUUUGUGACCAUGGCUUACCCUACCCUUUUCCGGAUGGGACCCUGGAUGUCAUUCUCCUCGUCUUUGUGCUGUCUUCUAUUCAUCCUGACAGGAUGCAAGGUGUUAUAAACCGACUGUCCGAGUUACUGAAACCUGGGGGAAUGCUGUUAUUUCGGGACUAUGGAAGAUAUGAUAAGACUCAGCUUCGUUUUAAAAGGGGACAUUGUUUAUCUGAAAAUUUUUAUGUUCGAGGAGAUGGCACCAGAGCAUAUUUCUUUACAAAAGGGGAAGUCCACAAUAUGUUCUGCAAGGCUGGGUUAGAUGAGAAGCAGAAUCUGGUUGAUCGUCGCUUACAAGUUAAUAGGAAAAAAAAAGUGAAAAUGCACCGAGUGUGGGUUCAAGGCAAGUUCCAGAAGCCAUUACACUUGACUCAAAAAAGCUCCAACUUGGUAUUUUCAGUCCUUUCUCAUGGCUGA